AUGAGCGAUUCGGGCUCGAUACAUUUCGGCCCUGAGGGGCGAGCCGAUCAGAGCGACGAAUGUCAACGUCCUCAACCACCUCGACACUCACCUUCGAUCGCAUCAGAAGCGCCAGCAUCGCGCCCUUCCAAUAUGGUGCAACAGCCUUCACAAGCUUCGAGCGCCAAUGCUUCAGCGACAAACGCCUCGUUGUCAUCUCAGUCGAGCCUGCCGCCACCGUCGUUACAAUCACGUGCAGGGGCUCCGACAAUACCGUCCAGUUCUGCUCCGCAGGCUGUGAGAGGAUACCAGACCAUCACAUCCGCCGAGCCUGCGCCCAAGCGUCCGCUGUGGAGUCUGGGAAGCACUCUGCCUCGGGUGAAGCGGCUGCCCUCGGCAAAACAGAAGCCUGCACAAGCUGUUCCACCGCCUCAACUGGGUCGACUGACACACGGAACCCGGUCUACUACGACAGACUCUCUGGGAGGACCAAACGAGACUGUUCAUGGACGCGAUUUCGCACGCGACACCGAGACUGAAUACGAUGCUAGUGGCGAAGCCGGCACACAUCCGCUGCAACUGACUGUCAGCCCUACAACCUCCACCAAUACAGGCGCGGGCGAGCUACCUCCGAUUCGAGAGGGGGAGCCGCUACCGACGACAGGCGUCCCCGAUCGUGUGGGCCAACCGGCGUUGACGCAGACCCGACCACUGUUCGAGUCGUCCUAUAGCAGUCCGACGGCCGCCGAAACUUCAAGAGCUCCUAUCGCUCGGGAUGAAGACCUCAGACCACGUGGAAAACAGCCUAGCGAGUCCGUGACAGACAAAGCCUCGGAAUCUCAACUACGGCUAUCAACCGCUCGACAGCAGCUUCUGCAUGAAGCUCAACACGCCGAAGCUUCCUCUGCUUCCCAAGGCAGCGCUAUCGACGACGAUAUAAGCUCUCACCAAUCGCCGACCGCUCAAGGAGGCGGGCUGCCCACCUUUCCCUCGCCAAAGCACAUCAAAACUUCGUCCAUGCCUUUCCUCCCAUCUCAAGGGUUCAACGUCCUCGUAUCCGAGCCGAGCCACAAGGGCGCCAGUCAGCUCCACACUGAAGUCGAAGAGAGAAAGAGAUCCAAAGAGGAAUCACACAAAUCGGCGAUGGAUCAAACUCGGCAUCCAGGGCUCUCUGGUGCUAGACCUACGCCAAAGGGUAGGGCUGCAGGUGGGCCUGCUGCUGGCGUGGGAGUCAGGAAGCCGAGUACGCAGAGCAGAAAAGCUAGCCAUAACGAAGAGCGUGGAGGUGCAGGAUACUUUGAUGAGGGCAGGGAACUGGACGAGAUGCGAGGAUUGGAGAGGAAGCCCUCGACGACUGAUGGCAAGGAUAGUCUGCAUGGUGGACGAAGCUCUGGAGAGGAUCGUAUGGAGCCUAGACCAGUGGGAGGGAGGAGCGAGAGUGAAGGAGGCUCGAGUGUUCGUGAUACUAGGAGUGGGUGGCUGGCAAAGAGCAUGCCCUCUCAAGCUGAAAGACAUGCUGGGAAAGAUGGACCGGGUGAGGCGGGCGCGAAUCAGACGAACCAGGAACCUGUUCAAGCGGGGAUGGCAAGCGAAGCGGCGGGUCGAAGCAGCGACGACACUGCAUUCUCGUCAAGCGAGACAGACACGCACGGUGCAGCAAGUCGAGACGGACAGCCUUUUGAGAGCGAGGAAAACCAGGAUGCGCUUUUCCUAGACGACGAGAACUGGCUGGGCGGCCAAGGUACGCUGCCAGACGGCAGUCUAGCGUUUCCCACCACGUGGUCAAGGUGGCGAUAUCACGGUCGCGAGUUCCUGGCAGAAUUGCUGGCGACGAUGCUGCUCAUCACGGUAGGAACAGCCGUCGACUGUCAGGUGACGCUAUCGCAGUCGAUGGGAUCGAGCGCAGGAGCCUAUCCGAACCAGAACUGGGCGUGGGGACUGGCGGUUGCCAGUACGAUCUAUCUGAGUGGUGGACGCAGCGGUGCGCACUGCAACCCUGCGAUCACGAUGGCGCUCGCCGUUUUCCGAGGGUUCCCGUGGAUCCAAGUGCCCAUCUACUGGAGCGCUCAACUGCUAGGCUCGAUCUUGGGAGCCGCCAUCACGUACGGUAUCUACCUACCGGCGAUUGACCACUACGAGGGCGGACGCGCCAUCCGCACGCUUUCCGGUGACCACGGAACGGGCAAGCUGUUCGUCACUGUGCCGCAACUCGUCUUCACCUCGGCAUCCGGGUUCGGGACCGAAGUGGCGGCGACGAGCAUCCUGAUGGCCAUGGUGUUGGCGGUGGGUGACGAGACGAACGCACCACCUUCGGACGGUCUCUCUGCGCUGGUGUUGGGUUUCGUGGUGGUGAUGAUCGGAAUGUCGUUCGGAUGGCCUACGAGCUACGCGAUCUCUCCGAGUCGAGAUCUGGGACCUAGACUGUUCUUGUACAUGGUUGGAUAUGGAAAAGAGCUUUGGACUCACAACGACUACUGGUGGAUCUACGGUCCACAAGCGGGCUGUUUUGCAGGUGCGCUGUUCGGGGCUCUACUGUACGAUCUGGCCGUUUUCACAGGUGAAGAGUCGCCGAUCAACUAUACGAGGAAGGGGUGGAUGCAGUCGACACCGGCUCGGAUCGGAGCGAGGAUGCUCAAUUCUGGAGAGAGGAUGCAUUUCAUGCGAAAUCCGGUACGGCGUUCCAAGCAAGGAACGAACGCGGGCGGUGACCAUGCCCUUGAGGCCGAAACGGGAGCAGAAACGGAUCGAGCCAAUAUAGACGGUGUAGAUGAGGGAGAGAAGGCAGACUUGAGGAGCAGCGAUGGGUUGAGAAGGCGGCAGAGCCAGGCAUCGCAGCAGCUGGAUGAGCAGGAGCAAGGGCGCUCUCAACCGGGCUCGGAUCAAGAUAUGUAG